GCGCCUACACCGACUCUUCCGCCUUGGGGGGCGGGGGCGGGGCGGCCUCAGCAGCCCCGAGGGGAGAGGUUGAUGGUGACCAUGACCCAGGCCGAGAAGGGGGACACGGAAAACGGAAAGGAAAAGGGCGGGGAGAAGGAGAAGGAGCAGCGCGGUGUGAAGCGGCCCAUCGUGCCUGCGCUGGUGCCGGAGUCGCUGCAGGAGCAAAUCCAGAGCAACUUCAUCGUUGUUAUUCACCCAGGGUCAACAACUCUGAGGCUCGGUCGAGCCACCGACACACUGCCUGCCAGCAUCCCUCACGUCAUCGCUCGAAGACACAAACAGCAAGGGCAGUCCCUCUACAAAGACAACUGGCUACUAAGAGAGGGGCUCAAUAAACCUGAAAGUAAUGAACAAAGACAAAAUGGCCUUAAAAUGGUGGAUCAAGCCAUCUGGUCUAAAAAGAUGUCAAAUGGCACAAGGCGGAUCCCUGUGACCCCUGAACAGGUGGCACGUUCCUACAACAAGCAGAUGCGACCUGCCAUUUUAGACCACUGUUCGGGAAAUAAGUGGACAAAUACAUCUCAUCACCCUGAGUACCUGGUGGGAGAAGAGGCCUUGUAUGUGAAUCCACUGGACUGUUACAAUAUUCACUGGCCCAUCAGAAGGGGUCAGCUAAAUGUUCACCCGGGACCUGGCGGCUCCCUCACGGCUGUACUGGCAGACAUUGAAGUAAUAUGGUCUCAUGCAAUACAAAAAUAUUUGGAAAUCCCACUGAAGGAUUUAAAGUAUUACAGGUGUAUCUUGUUAAUUCCUGACAUCUAUAGUAAACAGCAUGUGAAAGAAUUAGUGAAUAUGAUCCUAAUGAAGAUGGGCUUUUCAGGCAUCGUGGUCCAUCAGGAGUCGGUGUGUGCCACCUUCGGGAGUGGCCUCAGCAGCACGUGUAUUGUAGAUGUUGGGGACCAGAAGACAAGCAUAUGCUGUGUAGAGGAUGGUGUCUCUCAUCGCAACACUCGGCUCUGUUUGGCAUACGGGGGAGCUGACGUGUCUCGAUGCUUCUACUGGCUGAUGCAGCGAGCUGGGUUCCCAUACAGAGAAUGUCAGCUCACGAACAAAAUGGAUUGCCUUCUUCUGCAGCACCUUAAAGAAACGUUUUGUCACCUAGAUCAGGACAUCUCCGGACUUCAGGACCACGAGUUUCAGAUUCGACACCCUGAUUCCCCAGCCCUGCUUUACCAGUUUCGAUUGGGAGAUGAGAAAAUCCAGGCGCCGAUGGCUCUGUUCUACCCUGCGACUUUUGGAAUUGUUGGACAGAAAAUGACAAUCUUACAGCACCGAUCCCAGGGCGACCCUGAGGAUCCUCAUGAUGAGCAUUACCUGCUGGCCACGCAGAGCAAGCAGGAACAGUCGGCAAAAGCUACUGCUGACCGUAAGUCUGCCUCCAAACCCAUUGGAUUUGAAGGGGAUCUUCGUGGCCAGUCCUCUGAUCUUUCAGAGAGGCUCCAUUCCCAGGACGUGGAUUUGGGAUCCUCCCAGGGAGACUGCCUGAUGGCCGGCAAUGAUUCAGAGGAGGCCCUCACUGCCCUGAUGUCCAGGAAGACUGCCAUUUCGCUGUUUGAAGGCAAAGCCCUGGGCCUGGAUAAAGCCAUCCUUCACAGCAUAGACUGCUGUUCAUCUGAUGACACCAAAAAGAAGAUGUACAGCUCCAUCCUGGUUGUGGGAGGCGGCUUGAUGUUUCAUAAAGCCCAAGAAUUCCUGCAGCACAGAAUCCUCAACAAAAUGCCCCCUUCAUUCAGGAGGAUCAUUGAAAAUGUAGAUGUGAUUACGAGGCCUAAGGUGGGGCAUGUACGGAUUGAUGAGGCCACGAGAAAGAAACAGGAAUUUAAAACAGAUUGUCCACUUUGAGUCAUAGUGACAUUUGUCCAUACUGGAGGCUAAAGUGGUGUAACCAGAAGAAUGGACACAUCUGAGAUAAUGCCUGCUGGACGCAUCUUGACAACAGUGGGUUUUAGCAGAGGCGCCUUAAAAAGGGCGAUCGUGAAGAUAAACUUUUACAAGAUUUAGAGGACCUAAAUAGUAACCGAUGGAUGACAAAGACGUGUAAAAUUCCUUAAAUAAAAGUUAUUAACAUUAAAUAAAAUGUAUAAAAUAAAAACGUUUACAGUGUAAAGUCCUAGUGGCAAUUCUUGGGGAAUGUUCUUUCUUGAGGGAGGAUUUAUCAGUGCUGCGCAGCCUUCCAGAUGAACUGUCUGUACACAUUUCUGACUGCUCGUUCGAACCAGACAAGCGUGGUUUCCUGGGAAGCAAGUAAAUGAUCCCCUGGAUGGCUUGAACCUUCUGCAUAGGUGGAAAUGUCCCUGUUGCUUCUUUAGGACAUGGACCCCCGGCUGAUUGCCUGGAAAGGAGGGGCGGUGCUGGCUUGCUUGGACACGACUCAAGAACUGUGGAUUUACCAGCGAGAGUGGC